CGGUAGGCGGAGCCUAAUCCCCACAGCUUCGCUGUCAGAUCUCCACCAACCAGCACGCUGCGAGCUCCCAGGUUGCCAUGGAUGCAGCGCUGACUGUGCAGGUACCCCAGCAGGUCUCUGUGUAGCAGCUCCUCCACCACCAUCAUGGGGGGCGGCUGGACGGAGACCACACCCAGCAGCUCAGCUUUAUGGGGAGUACCAAGAGAACCAGGGAGGCUCCGGCAGGCGGGAGGCCACGCGCCUGCUGACCGAGAGGCAGAUCAAGAAGCAUGGCAACCAUCACCGCGGCCGUGGCAGGACCCGCCUCGGCCGGCGCGGCCCCAGCCAGAACGGCCGCCAUCAGCACGGCCACCAUGGCAGGCCGAGGAACCGGCGCCAGUCCAACAUGGAGGCAGACGGCGACGAGCACGAAGAGCAGACGUCGGAACCCGGCCUGGCGUCCUCUAUGAAGAAGAGCCGCUCCUACUCCAAAUGUAGAGACUGCAUAGCGCGGGUGCAGCGCUUCCUUGUGACCAGGUUGGGAGAAGACUGGAUCUUCCUCGUUCUGCUGGGCAUCACGAUGGCGCUGGUCAGCUGGACAAUGGACUAUGCCAGCGCUAAGAGCCUGCAAGCCUAUAAAUGGAUUCAUGGGGAGCUGAGGGAGAACAUCCCCCUGCAGUUCCUGGCCUGGGUUUCAUAUCCCCUCAUCUUCAUUCUUUUUUCCUCCUUCUUUUGUCAGCGGGUCGCCCCUCAAGCUAUCGGUUCUGGCAUCCCAGAGCUGAAGACCAUCCUGAGAGGUGUGGUGCUGAAGGAGUAUUUAACUCUCAGGGCCUUUGUGGCUAAAGUCAUCGGCCUGACUGCCGCCCUGGGCAGCGGGAUGCCUGUGGGCAAAGAGGGCCCAUUUGUUCACAUCGCCAGUAUCUGCGCUGCAGUUCUCAGCAGGUUCAUGUCCUUCUUCUCAGGAGCUUAUCAGAAUCCGUACUGUUACACAGACAUCCUGACUGUGGGCUGUGCUGUCGGAGUAGGCUGCUGCUUCGGCACUCCGCUCGGAGGUGUGCUCUUCAGCAUCGAGGUGACGUCCACGUACUUCGCUGUGAGGAACUACUGGAGGGGGUACUUCGCCGCCACGUUUAGUGCCUUCAUAUUCAGGGUGUUAUCCGUGUUCAACAAAGACGCAGUCACCAUCACUGCUCUGUUCAGGACGAACUUUCGUAUGGAUUUCCCUUUCGACCUGCAAGAGCUGCCCGCCUUCGCCAUCAUCGGGAUCUCCUGUGGCUUCUUGGGGGCCUUCUUCGUCUACCUCAACAGACAGGUGGUUCUGUUUAUGAGACGACCCAAUGCCAUGACGCGCUUCCUCACCAAACACCGGCUGAUUUUUCCCGCUGUGGUAACGCUAGUCGUCGCCACGUUGACCUUCCCACCCGGCUUCGGACAGUUCAUGGCAGGAGAGCUAAUGCCGAGGGAGUGCAUCAACUCCCUGUUCGACAACUUUACGUGGACAAAGAUUUCGGGAUCUCCUCCUCCGGUCGGACUGGGUCUCUCUGCCGCCUGGCUGCACCCUGAUGUCAGCGUGUUCCUCGUCCUGCUGCUCUUCUUAUUCAUGAAGUUCUGGAUGUCCGCUGUGGCCACCACCAUGCCCAUCCCCUCUGGUGCCUUCAUGCCCGUCUUCAUACUGGGAGCUGCGUUCGGCCGGCUGGUCGGGGAGAUCAUGGCCACGUUGUUUCCCCACGGGAUCGUGUUCGAUGGCAUCCUCUACCGCAUCAUCCCCGGAGGGUACGCGGUCAUCGGAGCGGCGGCUUUGACCGGGGCCGUGACUCACACGGUGUCCACGGCGGUGAUCUGCUUUGAGCUGACCGGUCAGAUCUCUCACAUCCUGCCCAUGAUGGUGGCAGUGAUCCUGGCCAACAUGGUGGCCCAGGGCCUGCAGCCCUCCCUGUACGACUCCAUCAUCCAGGUCAAGAAGCUGCCGUACCUGCCGGAGCUCGGCUUCGGGCACAUGAGCCAGUACAACAUCGUGGUAGAAGACAUCAUGGUGAGGGAGGUGAAGUUCAUAUCAUCUCAGUCCACAUACAGAGAAGUCAAACUGCUGCUGGACUCCUCCUCGCUCAACUCCAUCCCUCUGGUGGACUCAAAAGAUUCUAUGAUCCUGUUGGGCAGCAUCGACAGGUUGGAGCUCUUGGCUCUGUGUGAUUGGUGGCUGUCACCGGAGAGAAGGCUCCUGAUGCAGAAGCGGCCUCAGAAGCACAGCUGGGAGUCCUUCGCCUUUGUUGACGAGGAGGAGGAGGAAGAGGAGGACGGAGAGAAGGGCGGCCCGGUGCAGGAGGAGAGUAACGGCCCCCUGCCUCCUUCUAAGCCUCAGGCGGCUUCCUCCAACCACAGCGCUCUGCUUCCUGAGAGAGCUCCUCUCCAGUCGGUGCAGAACACACUCAGGAGUCUCUUCACCUCUAAGAGCAGACAGAGCGAGGGACAGUUCCAGGAGCCGUGUGCCCCCCCCCUGACGGACAACAUGCCCCCGGAGCAGAUCACCGCGUGGGAGGAGGCGGAGACGGACGAGCCGAUGGAGAUUGACGAGAUCCGAGUGGACCCGUCGCCUUUCCAGCUGGUUGAGAGGACGUCGUUGCACAAGACACACACCUUGUUCUCCCUGCUGGGACUCAGUCACGCGUAUGUGACCAGUAUCGGCAAACUGGUGGGCGUGGUGGCGCUGAAGGAGCUCCAGAAGGCCAUCGAGGGCUCCACCCGCUCCGGCGUCCGCCUCCGGCCGCCGCUCGCCAGCUUUCGGGGCGGCAAUCGCAAAUCUGCCCCCAAACCUCCACCCUCCUCUCCCUCUGCCCCUUCCUCUCCGCCCUCCGCCUCCGCCCCCUCGGCGCCAGCCGCUCCCCAGCUUCCACCCCCCUCGCCCCAUCGCCACACCCGCCAUCUGCACGAGAAUGAGACGGAGGCGUGGAUCGAGGGCGUGACCAGGGAGGGGGAGGAGAGCGGCGGCAGCUCCGGGACCCGCAGCUCAGCCAGCCACCUCACCCCACCUCCCUCCCCCACUCCUCCCCCGGCCCCUUCCUCCUCCACCCCUCCUCCUCCUCCGUCCUCCUUCACCCAGAGACCCUUACAGAGACAGCUGGAGGGGGAUGAAGAGAGCGAUGACGAGCCAAUGGUGUAGAGCGAUGGUCAUGUUUUUUUAUAACGGAAAACUUUUUCUAAAGGUGUGAGUUGUGUGUUUUUACCUCUUUUUGAUUCAAGGCAAACGGCUCGGCCUCUUCAGCCGGAGGCGCUUUUCUUGCGUGUGUCCUCACCAACCAACCUCCGUGUGUGUGUUUGGAGGAACGCUUCCUCCUCGUUAGGUCUCCGGCUCGCCCGUCCGUUCCGUAGUCACGGUAACCCCAGUCCAAAUUUGGCGUCCAGCUUCUAUCUCGCCGUUAGAGGUCAAAGGUCAUUGUGACCUCCUAAAACAAGUUUUUGUCCUGUAAUUCAAUAAUUGGUUUGCAAAUCGUUCCAUAUAUUUCAAAUGAAUGUAUGACAAGUUGUAAAAUGAUGACAUUUUUUAUUUUGACAUUCAAAGCAGCAUAAAAACAAUUAUACCGAUGACAUUAUUAUUGUUAGUGGCAAGAUUCGGUUUCGAUCGACUGAACACAUCUCUACGUCAGCCUGACAUAUGUUCUAUUAACAUAAUUUGCUGCGUUGAAGCUCUGACCUGAUCUUUUAUGUCUCUGAAUUAAAAGCUAUCCGUUCCUUUUCUCUUAAACUGGCCAGCAGACAAUCUGGAUGGCAGGGGACUGAUGGAGCUGCUCAGUCUGCCGUGGAAGAUUGUCCAAAGCCCCAAAACGACCUCCAAAUGAUGUGGCGACCUUGUGAGCGCAGCCUCAGAGCUCAUCUCAUCACGGUUAAGUUGAUAGAUGGUGAAGCCCGAGGCUUCGUACGUCCUCGUGACCCCCCCCCCGCUCUCACUCACAAGGUUCCCUCCACAUUUUGCAACAGUGUCACGUGACUACUUUAGCUUACUUUUGAUCAUAAUUCUAUCAUAAAGAAUGUUACGCAAAGAAAUGACAGCAGAUGACAGCUGUCAUCCCGUCCCGUCCACAUGUGAAACGAUGAUGAAGACCUAUGUUGACAAGGAGAUAUCUGACAAUCAAUGCAUUAAUUGCCCUAAUAAAUCACCUGAUUAGAAGUAUGAUGGAUAUGGACUUGUCGUGAUGAUUAUUAAGGCUGCUCAUGUGGCACUUCCUCCUCUCAGCGGCCAUAAAGUGUUGAUUCUUAUUCUAGUUCUUAACCAAUAGUCUCUCAGUGGAGGUCUGAUGGAUGGACCCGGUCUGGUCUGAAAAUGGUUUGUAUCAUUUUGUGAUAACAAAUUAUUUCUACGAUUACAAUUGUGAUGAGUGGAAGUGCCCCGCCUUCUUAAACUUAGUUUACGGCCCCAUGAUACUGCCCCCGACCCCCCCCUCACUGCUGUGAGAGUACCUUAAUAAUUGCAUUCAUAUGUGUUUCUCAUGUAUCUCUGCGUUUCUUCUUACACUCUCAUCUCCUGGAUUCAGUUUCUCAGGUUGCUGCCUUAAAAGCUUUCAAACAUUCAGAUGUACCAAAAGCCUUUUUCUUUGUGUUGGUGUGAUUUCAAAUGUGUGUGUUGAUUUCUUAAGAGUCUCCGCACUGAAGUGCAAACGUCUAUCGUCUCGUCCCUGGUUGGGGUUCAUGUAUGCAGUUAUCUAUUGUUUUAGUAGAGUCAAAUGUUCUAUCAAUGUAUAUAACUUUGAAGUAUGUAGCAAAAUAAAGUUUUAUUUAGUGAAUGCUG